GGUGACGUGAGGAGCGUUCCAUUCGGCCAGCGGUGGGCGGUUGCCACAGCUGGUUUAGGGCCCUGACCGUUGGGGCCCCUUGUCAGGAGGAGGCAGCCUCCCUGCCUGGGAGGAGAAGUCCACUGCCACCUCUGGCAGUUGCUGCGGUCCCCUUGGACAAUCUACUUCCUGCCUUCAGUUGCGGCCGAGUUCGAGCUUCCUCAUUCAGGUCUAGAAAUUCGACUUUUGAUGAUGGUUGACCCUGUAGCAGCAAUAGAUAACGUGGUAUCAGAGCUGGGCUCAGCCUCCAUUUCUGCCUUCCUGUAGUCACAAAGCUCAUUUUGGAACAAGACUCCAAUCAUGUCUGUGAUGGUGGUGAGAAAGAAGGUGACACGGAAAUGGGAGAAACUUCCUGGCAGAAACACCUUUUGCUGUGAUGGUCGGGUCAUGAUGGCCCGGCAAAAGGGCAUCUUCUACUUGACCCUCUUCCUCAUUCUGGGGACAUGUACACUCUUCUUCGCUUUUGAGUGUCGCUACCUGGCUGCUCAGCUGUCUCCUGCCAUUCCUGUGUUUGCUGCCAUGCUUUUCCUUUUCUCUAUGGCCACACUGUUGAGGACUAGUUUCAGUGACCCUGGAGUGAUUCCUAGGGCACUACCUGAUGAAGCAGCUUUCAUAGAAAUGGAGAUAGAAGCUACCAAUGGUGCGGUUCCCCAGGGCCAGCGACCACCACCUCGUAUCAAGAAUUUCCAGAUAAACAACCAGAUUGUGAAACUGAAAUACUGUUAUACAUGCAAGAUCUUCCGACCUCCCCGGGCCUCUCAUUGCAGCAUCUGUGACAACUGUGUGGAGCGCUUCGACCAUCACUGCCCCUGGGUAGGAAAUUGUGUUGGAAAGAGGAACUACCGCUAUUUCUACCUCUUCAUUCUUUCUCUUUCCCUCCUCACAAUUUAUGUCUUCGCUUUCAACAUCGUCUAUGUGGCCCUCAAAUCCUUGAAAAUUGGCUUCUUGGAGACGCUGAAAGAAACUCCUGGAACUGUUCUAGAAGUUCUCAUUUGCUUCUUCACACUCUGGUCUGUUGUGGGACUGACUGGAUUUCACACUUUCCUCGUGGCUCUCAACCAGACAACUAAUGAAGAUAUCAAAGGAUCUUGGACAGGGAAGAAUCGUGUCCAGAAUCCCUACAGUCAUGGCAACAUUGUAAAGAACUGCUGUGAAGUUCUGUGUGGUCCCUUGCCCCCCAGUGUGCUGGAUCGGAGGGGUAUUUUACCAUUGGAGGACAGUGGAAGUCGACCUCCUAGUACUCAAGAGACCAGCAGCAGCCUUUUGCCACAGAGCCCAGCCUCAACAGAUCAUAUGAACUCCAAUGAGAUGCCAGAGGACACCAGCACUCCAGAAGAGAUGCCACCUCCAGAGCCCCCAGAGCCACCACAGGAGGCAACUGAAGCUGAGAAGUAGUCUAUCUAUGGAAGAGACUUUUGUUUGUGUUUAAUUAGGGCUAUGAAAGAGUUCAGGGGAGAAGAUAAAUCUGAGACAGAGAACAAAUAAGCUUUUACUGUUUUUCUUUGGUCUUUAAUCACCCAAUUGCAUACUGGCAUUUUCUUGCUGCAAGCUUUUUAAAUUUCUGGACUCAAGGCAGUGGCAGAAGAUGUCAGUCACCUCUGACAACUGUACAAAUGGGUCUCUGAGGCCCUGGUACUGGUUUUCCAUGGCCUUGGUCAUGGCACCUCCCUGAAUUCCCCUUUCCUCCCUUCAGAUCUCAGCUUUCCUGCUUGGGGGUCAUUGGUCUCAUUCUGGGGCUAAAGAUUCUUGAGACUGCCUCAAAUCCUUUUAAGCUGGUGCAUGUCCUGAGUCCAGAGGCAGUCUCAGAGACCUCCGGCCAGGGAAUCCUAAUUGGGUUCUUGUUCCUUUAGCAUUGAUGAUGGUUGAAGUGUGAGGUUGGAGGAUUCUUCUGGCCACAAAUGCAAGCAUUGCCAGCCAGUCCUUUUAGGAAUAGAGCAGGUACCUUCUACUUAUAUUUAUUCGUGUAGCUUCUCCUUUCUCCUCAUCAACUUUCUAACAUCCAAUCCUUACUCUUCCCCACUAGAUAUAUGUAAGUAGUUGUAGUACAGAUAACAGUAUUUACAUUUCUUGUAGAUUCUCCAGAAACUUCAAUACCUGUGCUAUUCUCAAUAAGAAUUGAUACGAUGCCAACAGCAUAGCCCCUCAUACUCUGUCUCAUCUCUCUUCCUUUCUCAUUAGCCCACUUUACUUUUAUUCCUUUGACUCUUGCUCCCAUUAGGAGCUGGAAUGGCAGUAAUAAAAGUCUGAGCUUUGGUAUUCCUUUUCCUCAGAGGAAGCUCAAGUGCUCACUUAAACACUACCCCCUCAGAUUCGUUGUGUGAGGCCUGCAAUGGUCCUAAAUGCACAAAUGGGGAAACCAAGGCACAGAGAGGCUCUCCUCUCCUCUCCCUCUAUGUCCCCUGAAAAAAAAAGGUUAACCAGUACUUCCAUUAAGCCUCGGCUGAGUGAGGGAAAGCCCAGCACUGCUGCCCUCCCGGGUAAUCCACUCUAAGGCCUCAGCCCACCUCGGGCAAUGGUAACCACACUAGGGGCUUCCUCCAAGCCCCACUCUUCCAGCACUUCCACUGGCAGAGUCCUAGAGCCACUUCACCCUGGGGGUAUGCUGUGGCCCCCCUGGUCAGCUCUGCUCAGGACCUGUACUAUUUCAGGGAAGAAGAUUUAUGUAUUAUAUGUGGCUAUAUUUCCUAGAGUACCUGUGUUUUUCUCUUUCUAAGCCAGGGUCCUGUCUGGAUGAUUUAUGGGGGUUGGGGGUGGGGCGCGGGUGUAAACCAGAACUUUUAAUCUAUUUGAAGGUGAUUAAACUGUGUCUAAUGCAAAUUGCCUGCCUCCUCCUUCCCCUUCCAUUUCAAGAACCACCACGGGGUUGUGAAUGUGUUUGUGUGUUGGGUGGGGGGUGGGGGUUGGAAGGGGUUGCUUGUUACUAUCCAUACUUCCAUUUUCCAGGGUACCUUUGGGUUGGAGAGAUAGCUCUCAAACUUUCCAUUGAUCUGUAACAUAUUCUGGGCCGAAGUUUAUCUUAUUCUUGACUAUGAAGAAAGAACUUUGAAGCAAUAUACAGUGUGAACAAGAUCAGGUGGUAGAGAGAUUAUAAUUGUUUAGGAGAAGUUCUUAGGUUGAUGGACACUGUUAAUUGCAAAUAAAUCUUGAUUAUUAAAAAAGGCUCACUAGGUCCUCACCUUGGAAAUACUUCAUUAGUGAUCUUUACAAGUGAUAGUAUAUAUUUCUUUUCAAAUGGUCUGUUAUCAAGACUCCUUACCAACUUCUAUCUUACUCUUCCCAGUUAAUUGGAAUUGGUGAAAUUUGGCUGCUCCCAAAUUUUCUCUUGUGUCUUCUGGUUUUCUUUGUAGUAGAAUUUGAGUUUAGCAUGAAGG